UAUAGGACUCCACCAGCAGUAGCCCCACCACAAGUUCCUAGCCACUACGCGCCCAAUUAUCCGCUCGGUCAUCCUAGGCGGGAUCGGCCAGGUUACAGCACUCUACCGUUGCAUGCACAUAAUACGUCGCACACAAGUCAUAAUGCCAAUCAUAACGCGCAUGCUAAUACCAUCAAUCAGCACACUAUGCCGCAAGUGGGAACGGUGCAUCCUCUGCAGAGUCAUCCACAAACGCCACCACCAGCACCGCCCAGCGUCACCGCGGGCUACGUACAGGAACAACAUAACAGUAUGCCUCCUCCACCUUCUCCCUUGGUUGGUCUAGGUGGUGACAUGGCGGAAUACAGUGGGCAUCACACUCUACCGCACAGAUUAUCGCAUCAGAUAAGCCGCGGUAGUGGUGCAAAUAGUCCACCUUUACCGCCGCCACCACCACCGGAGCAGGACGAACAUCCGCAGUUUGGCAGACCGACUCCAUCUUCUGGUGCUAUAAUGCCGAUCGUGCCGGACGAGGAAGAUCUUCCUGGAUGGGUACCGAAAAAUUAUAUUGAGAAAGUGGUGGCUAUUUAUGAUUAUUACGCAGAUAAGGAGGAUGAGUUAAGCUUUCAAGAGAGUUCUGUGAUUUAUGUGCUCAAGAAAAAUGACGACGGAUGGUGGGAGGGAGUGAUGGAUGGUAUAACCGGAUUAUUUCCGGGAAAUUACGUUGAACCAUGUGUAUAACCACAUGCAAUAAUUGGCUAUAUCAAAACAACUAUCGGAAGACUGCAAUUUUUCAGCAUUUAUCAUACAUAUGCAUAUUAUUACUAAUCAUAUUUAUAUUAAUCGAUUGUAAGUGGGAAUUAUUCUUUAUCUCACCUUUCAUUCGAACAAACAUUCGAAUUGGCAAUCGUGAGGAUAUAAAAAAAAACGAGAC